AUGGGCGUGGGCCUGCAGCCGCUCGAGUUCACCGAGUGUCUCGCGGAUAGCCCCCAGUUCCGAGAGAACUUGCAGAGGCAUGAGAAGGAGUUGGAGCGCACCAGCCAACAGAUCAAGCGGCUGAUAAAAGAAGUUAAGGAUGUGGUACAAGCCGCCAAGCGUUUGGGAGCGGCGCAGCUGGCGCUGGCCACCAGCAUGGAGCAGUUCGAGUUCGCGUGCAUCGGCGCCUCCAUGACGGAGGACGAGCGCGUCAUCAGCCACUCGUUGCACCACUUCGCCACGCUCAUCCGCACCAUCGAGGACGAGCGGGACCGCAUGUUGGGGCGCGCGCACGAGCAGAUCAUCCAGCCGCUCGAGCGCUUCCGCAAGGAGCACAUCGGCGCCGUCAAGGAGGGCAAGAAGAAGUUUGACAAGAAGACUGCCAAGUUCUGCCAGAGCCAGGAGCGUACUCUCUCGCUUUCUACCAAGAAACCAGAGGCCGUGUUCCAGGAGGCGGACGCGGCCAUGGACAUGGCGGAGCGCGACUUCUGCCAGGCGUCGCUGGAGUACGUGUUCCAGCUACAGGCCGUGCAGGAGCGCAAGAAGUUCGAGCUUGUGGAGACACUGCUGGGCUUCGUGUUCGGGUGGUGGACCUUCCAUCACACGGCGCACGACGUGCACGCCGACGCAGAGCCGCGCGUCAAGGAUCUGCAGCUGCGCAUUCAGCGGACGCGUGGCAACUUCGAGGAGAUGAGCAAGCAGACAGAGUCGCUGAUGAAGAAGAUGAUGGAGCUGCGGCAAAUGAGCAAGGAGGAGGACGCGGCGCCCGAGGACGCGGCCGGCGGCCUGUCGCGCGCCGGAUACUUGUUCCUCAUGGAGAAGAAGGCAUUCGGCACCACCACCUGGAGCAAGCACUACUGCACCUACGAGCACUCCUCGCGCCAGCUCGCGCUCACGCCCUACAACCAGAUCAACGUCAAGACCACCGGCGCCACCGACGAGCUGGCCGUGAGCGGCGCGCGCGCCUGCGCCGAGCCCGUCGAGCGCCGCUUCUGCUGGGAGGCGCUGCCCGCCGCGCGCGACGCGCCGCUGACGCUGCAGGCGCUGGGCGAGCGCGACCGCGCCGCCUGGCUGCGCGCGCUGGCCGCCGCGCCCGCGCCCGCGCCGCGCGCCGCGCCGCCCGCGCCCGACCCCGCGCUGGCGCUGGACGACGCGGGCUUCGCCUUCGUGCGCCGCGUGCUGGCGGCGCUGGAGGCGCGCGGGCUGGAGGAGCAGGGCCUGUACCGCGUGGCGGGCGUGGCGUCCAAGGUGGCGCGCCUGGUGGCGGCGGCGGCGGCGGGGCGGCUGCCGGCGCUGGAGGACCCGCUGGCGUGGGAGUCCAAGACGCUGACGAGCGCGCUCAAGAGCUACCUGCGCGGCCUGCCCGAGCCGCUACUGACGCGCGCGCUGCACGACCAGUUCAUCGCCGUCGCCAAGAACUCUCGGCGCGCGGAGCGAGCGGCCGGCGUGGGCGCGCUCGUGCGGGCCCUGCCGCCGCGCAACCGGGACAUGCUGCGCCUCGUGCUGCGCCAUCUGCGCAACGUGGCGGCGCGCAGCGACAAGAACCUGAUGUCGUGCUCCAACCUGGCGGUGUGCUUCGGCCCGACCCUGCUGCGACCGGAGCGAGAGACCGUGGCCUCCAUCCUGGACCUGAAGUUCUACAACGUACUGGUGGAGACUCUGCUGGACCACUACGAGCAGAUCUUCGAGGACGCGCCGCCGCCGCCCGACCACAACGGGGCCCUCAGGACUUCUCCCACGUUGGUGCCGCUCUCCGCACGGAAUGAUAUCGCCGUGGUCGAGAGACUGGGCGUCAGCGUGGCGGGCUGCGAGCGCAUGCUGGGCGUGGGCCCCGGCCUGGCGGGCCCCGGGCUGGCGGGCCCCGGGCUGGCCGGGCCCGCGCUGGCGGGCCCCGCGCGCUACUCGCCGCACCACCAGCAGCUGCUGGCGCAGCUGGCGGGGCGCGGCAGCUCGCUGCAGCUGGCGGCGCGCUCCAGCAGCUCGUCGGCCGAGUCGGUGUCGGCCGCGUCGCUGGGCUCGGGCCGCGUGCGCACGCUGUACGCCUGCCUGGGCGAGAGCGAGGGCGAGCUGUCGUUCGAGCCCAACCAGAUCAUCACCAACGUGGCGGCCUCGGGCGAGCCGGGCUGGCUGCGCGGCACGCUCAACGGCAAGACCGGCCUCGUGCCCGAGAACUACGUCGAGCCCCUGCCCUGA